AUUUGGACGCAUGCAGACUGUUGUGCAGUGUGUCUGUUUUAGCCUGGGCAGCGGUUCAUUGUGCUUUUCGUGAAUGUAUUGCACAUUAUUGUUCAAAAUAUUUCUUCUGCUUUAAUUGAGGUUGUGCAGUGUGUCGUGAAAAGGGUGAGACUGUGAAGGAUCAGUAAAAUGCCAUUUUCAAAAGGAAAAAAGCCCACCACCAGUAAAAUCCCAAAGCUUAACUCCAAAAAGCUUGAGAACCAGGAUGGACCCCAGACCAAGCGUUCAUCUUCUUCUCCUCAAGGGGCCCCUAAGAAAAGAACAGCCUUUGUGGACAUUACUAAUGCGCACAAGAUUGAGCUGUGCAACCCCAUUAAAAAGAAAGAUCCUGCCAAGAAGCUGCAGAAGACCUCAGUACUUUUGAAGAAUGAUGUCAACCUGAAAUCUGUAGUCAGUACAGAGGAGAGGUUGGAGGAGCUGAAGAAUGUGGAGUCAGAUAUUGAGGAAACUUCUUGCAAAGAUCCGAUUCCUCCACAUCUACUGCCUCCAGAGAUCCCUCCAGAGUUUGACAUCGAUUCAGAGCACCUCAGCGACUCCAGCCAUACAUCAGAGUAUGCCAAAGAGAUUUUUGACUACCUCAAGAACAGAGAGGAGAAAUUUGUCUUGUGUGACUAUAUGGUUGAUCAGCCAAAUUUGAACACUAAUAUGAGAGCGAUUCUGGUGGACUGGCUGGUUGAGGUCCAGGAGAAUUUUGAGCUGAAUCAUGAGACGUUGUACCUGGCUGUAAAAGUGACAGAUCAUUAUCUGGCCGUGAGCCAGACCAAACGAGAGGCUUUACAGCUCAUUGGUUCCACUGCCAUGCUCAUUGCUUCUAAAUUUGAGGAACGGGCUCCACCUUGUGUAGAUGAUUUCUUAUAUAUUUGCGACGAUGCCUACAAGCGAUCCCAACUCAUCUCGAUGGAGAUCAGCAUCCUGCAGGCGCUGAACUUUGACAUCAAUAUUCCAGUUCCAUACCGUUUCCUUCGCCGCUAUGCCAAGUGUGUGAAUGCAGGUAUGGACACACUGACUCUGGCGCGCUUCAUUUGUGAGCUGAGUUUGCUGGAGAUUGAGUUUGUGCCUGUAAGAGCGUCUUUACUGGCCUCUGCUUGUCUGCUCAUCGCUCUGGUUACGAAGGAUCUGGGAGGAUGGACACAGUGUUUACAGUUUCACUCAGGAUACAGUGCAGAGGAUCUGGCGCCCGUGGUCAGAAAACUCCAUCACAUGCUCAGCAGCCCAGCGGACAGUAAACUCGCCGUCAUCAGGAGCAAGUAUGCACACAAGGUUUUCUUUGAAGUUGCAUUGAUCCCCACAGUGAAUCUGGAGAAGCUAGAAGGGUUUUUGAAGUGAGCUGAAGAAAAUGUCAUUUUUCAGACAAUGUAAAUAAUUCUAUUUAACUUUAUAUUUUAAUCUUUUGAAAUAAAGUGUUUAUGUGUGUAAAUCUACUUAAGGUAUAUGCAUGUUUUCCACUGUAAAUUUGGUUGCUUUUACAAACCAUGUAAUUCUCCUUGUAAAUGUAAAAAAAAAAAAAAAAUCAGCUGACCAAAAAACACAAGCCAGUCGUUUUAAGAAUAUAUUAGGUCAUUUAGAUUUGUUUUGUUAUUGAAGGUUGUUACUAAAAUGGCAUUUUAAUGCUUAUUCUUGUAUAUAUGUUUUUGUCUACUUUGUAUAUUUCGAUGU